GUAAAUUUCAUUUGAGUAUAUUGUGUCGAUAUAAAUUCAUUUAAUGCUAUGUAUGCAUAUGUGUACAUACUGCGACAUAUAAAUUUAAAAGCGUGUGUGUUUAUAUGUACAGUAAAGUUGAGCUGGUGCUAAGCAGGAGAAAAAAAUUGGCUUCAAUUGCUAUAUAGUGUAUUUAGAGUACAGUAUAAUGUCGUUUUAGUUUUCAGCUUGGAGUAAAAGAAAGCAGUCCAGUGAUACUCGAGAUAAAAAAGUAGAAAGUUGUUAAAUAACAAUGGAUUCCGAGGAAGAGACUUUGUAUGAUGAAGUUGAUUCGGGAAAUGAAUCCAGUGGUGAUGAUGUUGACUUUGCCAUGGAAAUCGAGGCUAAUAAUCCUCGUGAGCGUAGUAAUGAUGCUGAUGAGUAUCCAUUUGAAGUUUUGACUACUGAAGAAAUCGUUCAGCACAUGGUUGAUUCUAUUAAAGAAGUUAAUACUGUUGUUGAGAUUCCAGCAACUACUACAAGGAUUCUCUUAAAUCAUUUCAAAUGGGACAAAGAAAAAUUAAUGGAGCGAUUUUACGAUGGAGAUCAAGAAAAAUUAUUUUCAGAAGCGCGGGUCGUUAAUCCGUUUCGUAAAGGCUCAAUAAUUAGUCGUUCACGAUCACAAAAUUCGUCAAGAAGAACAUCUACAAAUGGCACUGAAGAAUGUGGCAUUUGUUUCGUUACUCUUCCAUGCUCGAUGAUGACCGGAUUAGAAUGCGGACAUCGUUUCUGCACAGCGUGUUGGGGUGAAUAUUUAACAACUAAAAUAAUGGAAGAGGGUGUCGGUCAAACGAUUGCUUGCGCAGCCCACGCCUGCGAUAUUCUUGUAGACGAUGCCAGUGUUAUGCGUUUAAUAAGAGAUUCAAAAGUUAAACUUAAGUAUCAACAUCUUAUCACAAAUAGCUUUGUUGAGUGUAACAGAUUACUAAGGUGGUGCCCAUCACCGGAUUGUAAUAGCGCUAUAAAAGUGCAAUACGUCGAAUCUAAACCAGUAACAUGUAAAUGCUUACACACAUUUUGUUUUUACUGCGGUGAAAAUUGGCACGAUCCAGUUAAAUGUCAUUUAUUGCGCAAGUGGAUUAAAAAGUGUGACGACGACUCAGAAACAUCUAAUUGGAUUGCCGCUAACACUAAGGAAUGCCCUAAGUGUAAUGUAACCAUCGAAAAAGACGGAGGCUGUAAUCACAUGAUUUGCAAAAAUCAAAAUUGCAAAACAGAAUUCUGCUGGGUAUGCUUAGGCCCGUGGGAACCACACGGUUCUAGUUGGUACAAUUGUAACCGUUAUGAUGAAGAGGAGGCUAAAGCUGCGCGUGAUACACAACAAAAGUCACGCUCUGCAUUACAGAGAUAUUUGUUUUACUGCAAUCGUUACAUGAAUCAUCUUCAGUCGCUUAAGUUUGAAAGCAAACUCUAUGCAAGUGUUAAAGAAAAAAUGGAGGAAAUGCAGCAACAUAACAUGUCUUGGAUUGAAGUUCAAUUUCUGAAAAAAGCUGUUGAUAUUUUGUGCUUGUGCAGACAAACACUAACAUACACUUACGUAUUUGCAUACUACUUACGUAAAAACAAUCAAUCUGUGAUUUUUGAAGAAAAUCAAAAAGAUUUAGAGGGAGCUACCGAAUUAUUGUCAGAAUAUUUGGAAAGAAAUAUAACGAGUGAGAAUCUUGCCGAUAUUAAACAAAAAGUUCAAGACAAAUAUCGGUACUGUGACAGCCGAAGGAAAGUAUUGUUAGAACACGUUCACGAAGGCUAUGAAAAAGAAUGGUGGGAUUAUAUGGAGUAAAAUGGAAUAUUGAAAUCUAUUAUUUAAAAAAUAAGUGUCAAUAUGUUAAACCUUUCCCUUUCCGUGACCGCCUGAUCUGUGAUAACCCGAAAAAAAAAAGAAUUAAAUAAAACUAAAAGAAGUAAAUAAGGUCGCCAAAGAGAUUCUCUAAAUAUUUAAUAUUUACUAUUAACAACUCAAGUAAAUAUUUCUUCUCGCAAUGCUAUUAAAAAAAUAUAUUAACAUUUUGACGGCCCAAAAUUUGAGUUAAAUUAAUAAAAAUAAAUAUAUAUAUGCGCAUUCAUAUUAUUAAUGUUACGUAUUAAUUGUGUUUGUGUUAUAUUUUGUCUCGGAUCGAGUUUUUUAAAGUAUACCUCUUACACAGUGGCGGUGCGAGAUACUUAAACGUAUAUUAAGUAUAUGAAGUAAUUAAUUAA